AUGCAAAAGACACCUGUAUGGCAAUUCAAAGCAUGUCAAAAUUGGGUAAAGACUAUAAUGAUAUCAGAGUUGGUAGAGAAUGAUGAAGUAGUAGCUGAAAUGUUCUGUGGUACAGGUUUGGAUACAGGUAAAUGGGAGAGAGCAAAGAUAGGUAAAUAUGUAGGUUAUGGUAUGUAUCACAAUCAUUCAAUCAAUCAAAAAAAGCAUAGAUGUCAAACUAAAACCAAUCAUCAUUCUUCUUGUGUGGAUCAUCCAUCACAUGUGAUCAUUGAUGGCUACUACUCUCUCUCUUUAGACCCAUCAAGAGAAAAUCUAGCAGAAGCAGAAAUCAAAUGGAAACAUAAAAAGUGUCCUUAUGAAGCAGAAUUUAAACAAGUCAAUCUAAUAGAGGAAUCGAUAGAUCCUACGAUAAUUGGAUCAACGACUCCAAUUGGAGAAGAUAUAAAAAUGGGAGAUGGAAGCAGCGGCGUUAAAGAAAUAUUUGGUGUUGUAAGUUGUUUUGAUGGAUUACAAAGUGCUUUUGAUUCAGUGGAACAUGCCACAACCUUUAUUCAAAACGUUAGCUCACGAUUAAAGAAUGGUGGAUACUUUUUUGGAAUCAUUCCAGAUUCCUCUGCCAUUUGGUACAAAUCACAAAAGGUAUUGACUGGUCUUCCAGCCAUCAAAUCAUCACUAUUCAACAUUGAAUUUGAUAGUGAUAAUUUUACCUUUUACGGAACAAAAUAUAAUCUAAACAUGAAAGAUGGUACAAAUGUAAAUGAAAAUUUAAUUCAUUUUCCAACUUUUAUAAAUCUAUGUAAACAAAAUAAUUUAUUAUUUAUUGAAGCUUCUAAUUUAUCAGAUUUCUAUGAAGAUAACAAAAAGAAUUAUGAAGCAAAAUUAAAACAAUCUGGUGUACUAAGUAGUAAAGGUAAAAUUGAACCUCCUCAAUUAGAACUUAUAAAGAUUGAUCAACCUCAAGUAUUACAAAAUAAAUAG